AUGUUGUUUCGACCCCCCACCGUCAGUGCAGUCGAUUUGCCUCGAUACUCCGCCGUCAGUGCGACUGGGUCGUUCUGGGGCCAUAGAAACGUCAGUGGCAGCCCCGCCAUCGACGAGAACGAUGCCACCGAAAGAAGGAGCGCCACUAAAGAAAGCAGCGCCGUCAAGGAAGACUAUCAUGCCAGUCUCCACGAACCAGAUGCUACCCACAAUGUUUGCAAGAAUUGUUCGAUACAACACCGCAAAAACAAGGAGAGGAUAGUUCACGACACAGACAGUGAAAGCGAGUUUGUCGAUGACAGCUUUGUUGACGACACGUUGGUGCUUGAGAGCGAAGAUAAGAAUGUACCCCUACCAACCGUUUCUCCCUUCUUGAACAGGGCCUAUUUCAGGCCUAAAGGAAUAGGAUCUUGA